AUGGAGGAGGAGGAGGAGGAGGAUGAGGAUGAGAUGAUGUACCAGGACGUGGAGGCCGAUUACUCUCUGCCCGUGGAGCCGUUCAUCAUCAUCAAGCGCGAAGCGCAGGAUGAGGAGGAGGAUGAGGAGGUGCAGGAUGAGGAGGAGGAUGAGGAGGAGGUGCGGGAUGAGGAGGAGGUGCGGGAUGAGGAGGAGUGGCCCCGGGUCAAGGUGGAGAUGGAUGACUCCAAUGAUGGAUCAUCGCACAUCAAACAAGAGGAUGAUCUGGCCUAUGAGAUCUGGCAGAGGAGUCGGCUUAAAUAUGAGGAUGGUGAUGGAGGUGAUGAUGAUGGUGAUGGGGGUGAUGAUGCUCAGGGAGUGGACCUCCGCGUCCGAGCGGGAGACCUCAGGGCCCCUGUGGGGGGCCGAGGAGGAGGAGGAAGAGGCGGAGGAGGCGGAAGAGGAGGAGGAGGCGGAAGAGGAGGAGGAGGUGGGCGACGAGGUGGGCGAGGAGGGGAGCUGCGGGCGGUGGUUGCCAGCCUUCGGCAGCGCCGGGCGGCCUCGUGCGACGUCGCAGAGGUCGAGGUGGCGCUGGAGGAUGACGCCGUCAUCGCCGCCUCAGCCCACCCCUCACCCCCCUCCUCCCUCUCCCCCUCCCCCUCCGCCGCCCCCGCGGAGCGCCACGCUUGCCCCGUGUGCGGCCGCGACUUCCCCAAGAGCCACGGCCUGCGUGUGCACAUGCAGCUGCACUCGCGGCCGGCCCGCCGCAAGGUCCACCAGUGCGAGCGCUGCCCCUACAAGUCCGAGUACAAGGGCAACAUGCGCAAGCACCAGCGGACUCACGACAACAACAACAACAACGACAACGCCGACAAUGCCGACGGCUCCGGCCCUCGCCGCCGCCCAGGCCGCCGCCCCGCCAUCCCCGGACAGCCGCCGCGGCCCCGCCGGGCCACCGGCGCCGCGGCCGCCGGCGCCGCUAGGCCCCACCGUUGCGACGAGUGCGGCAAGACCUACGCCUGCUCGUCGAACCUCAAGGUGCACUCCAGGACGCACACGGGAGAGCGGCCGCACCGCUGCGCCCUCUGCGGCAAGGCCUUCAUCCAGCUCGUGAGCCUGCGCAUGCACACGAUGGCGCACACGGGCGAACGGCCGCACAAGUGCGCCCUCUGCGACAAGGCCUACGCCAGCGCCUCCAAGCUCAAGGAGCACGGGCGGGCGCACACGGGCGAACGGCCGUACGGGUGCGCCGCCUGCGGCAAGGCCUUCGCCUGCUCCUCCAAGCUCAAGCGGCACCUCAAGAGCCACGGAGGCGGCGGAGGAGGCGGCGGAGGCGGUGGAGGCGGCGGAGGCGGCGGAGGCGGUGGAGGAGGCGGCGAGCGGAGGCCGCGGCCGUGCGCCGCGUGCGGCGAGGCGUUCGCGACGGCAUCGGAGCUCCGGCGGCACGCCGAGACGCACGGCGACUGCGGUGCCGCGGCCGCCGCAGCCGGAGAGGCCCGCCACGAAUGCUCCGUCUGCGGCAAGGCCUUCGCCGGCGCCUCGAACCUCAAGUCGCACAUGCGCACGCACUCGGGCGAGCGUCCGUACGUGUGCUCGGCGUGCGACAAGACGUACGCCUGCGCGACCAGCCUCAGGAUCCACAUGCGCACGCACACGGGCGAGAAGCCCUACGGCUGCCCGCUGUGCGGGAAGAUCUUCAACUACCCGACGAGCCUCAAGACGCACCUGCGCACGCACACGGGCGAGAAGCCCCACCGGUGCCCCGUCUGCGGCAAGGCCUUCUCGCUGUCGUGCAACCUCAAGACGCACGUGAUGAUCCACUCGGAGGCGCGGCCGCACCCCUGCGGCGAGUGCGGCCGCGCCUUCCGGCAGGCCUCGGACCUCAAGAAGCACGUCAAGCGGCACGCGCUGGCCAGCGGCCUCGCGGCGAGGCGCUGCGCGGAGGCGGAGGCG